GACCACGACCUCGCGGCGUUACCCUCCUGACCACAAACACCCAGUGGCUUCUAGACCUGACACCAUGGCCCCAAGUACAUCCUCACCAAGCGAUCUGGGCAGCUCGACCGCUCCACUAGAGUCACAGGCUGAGGCCCAGGCCUCCACAGAGAACCCAGAGGCAAACACUCGACCUCAGGGUCCUGGCUCCCUGCUGGUCUCUCCAGUCAGGCCCCCCCCCGACUCAAGACCCGGCCCCCUCAGACCAGUCAUCAGCCAUCCCUCCGGACUCUGCUACCGUCCCAUUCCCGGACGCCACCACAUCCCUCCUCCCCCACCCUUCAUGCCUCCCGUGUACCGACCAGACAACGGACACUCAGGCAUGAUGCCUCCUGGACCCCCACCGCCUAACGGACACCCGUUGAUACCACCCGGACAUCGGCGUCCAACUCCUGGUGCUUACAGUCCCCCUUCCCCACACAACCGGUACCUUCCUCCACCUUCUCACUAUGAACCGGUGCCUCCCCCAUUCGGUGUUUCCGGCAGCACUCCUAUGGCCCGACCCAUGGGACCCCCACAUACCUACGUGCACUAUGGACCACUUGAUCACUCCAUCCUGCCCCCUGGGGUGGCCCCAUACCCUCAUGUCGGCCCCAGAGACUUCCCUGUGCAGCCACAGGUCCCACAUGGCCAUGACUCUUCAGUGGGCCCCCAGCCCGGCGCUGGCCCCCAGGGCCAGGGGCAAGACUAUAGGUCCCAGCAGGCAACAGCUGCCCCCCAGGACUCAGACAGAAAAUAAAUAUAUAUAAUAUACUUGCAAACAACAGAACUUUCUAAAAAGUUAGUUCCUAUUAAAGCAUCAGAAAAUCAAUGUCUUAUGUUUCUUGUCUGAAAUGUAAUAGACUUGAAGAGGAGUAGUACUGAGGCUUGUUACUCUGCAAGAGGUCCUAUUGUGCAAUAACAUUUCUAUUGUGUGACUGAGCUUUUUUUUAAAGGUUAUUAUGUUGAUUUUUGUAUUCAUUUCACAAUGUUAUCAUGGUUUCCUGUGGAAAUUAUUAUUAAAAAUAAAUGGACCCCAAGCUUU